AUCUCAUCUUCUUCCUCCAUCCGCACUACUGAGAGCGACAAAGCUAGCUCUCUCCAGGGAUCGGAUUCGGAUCACCAUGCCGUCCACCGUGAACUCCGCGUCCCUCGACCAGAACCUUGAGCUCGCCAAGCAAUGCUCGCGAGAGGCCGCCCUCGCAGGGUUCAAGGCAGCAGCUGUCGCGACCGUCGCCUCUGCAGUUCCCACCCUGGUUAGCGUCAGGAUGCUGCCAUGGGCCAAGGCCAACAUCAACCCCGCUGGCCAGGCCCUCAUCGUCUCCACAGUUGCUGGCAUGGCGUACUUCAUCGCGGCGGACAAGAAGAUCCUCUCGCUGGCGAGGCAGCACUCGUACGAGAACGCGCCGGAGCACCUCAAGGACACCUCCUUCCAGGGCACCGGCCGUCCGCACCCAGGGUUCUUCAGGCCUUGAGCGAGAGACCAUCAAACUACCGCCCUAGCUAGCUGGACGCACUAGUUCGUCAGCGGCCGCCGAUUCAUGUCGUCCAAGAUCAUAUCAACUACUGCUAGCAUAUAUAUAGUGUACUAGCUAGUAGUAGGCACCGGCGAUCCGUGCAUGCAUGUGCUCGGAGAAACUGUAAUGGCUUAGUGCUCUGCUCCAGUUUACUGUAUCUACCUUCCAUUAUCAUAUAAUAAUAUCAUCCUCCUGUUUAA